AUGCCUAUCUCCAACGGCGACGCCAGUGGACUCCUCCACACAAAGGGGGAGAUCCAGGACUACACCAAGGCUGUGGAAAUUCUUGAGAAAGAAUAUCCCAAAGACGGCUUGGAUGUGGAGACCCUGCUUGAUUCCGACAAGCACGGUGCUCUGACUUAUAAUGAUUUCCUCAUCUUGCCCGGCUACAUCGGUUUCCCUGCUUCCGAUGUCACUCUUGAUACCCCAGUGACCAAGCGCAUUUCAUUGAAGGCGCCUCUUCUGUCCUCCGCCAUGGACACUGUCACUGAACACAACAUGGCUAUCCACAUGGCCCUCCUCGGAGGUCUAGGUGUUAUCCAUCAUAACUGCUCGGCUGAGGACCAGGCCGAGAUGGUCAGGAAAGUCAAGCGCUACGAGAAUGGCUUCAUUCUCGACCCCGUCGUGAUUUCUCCUCAGACCACCGUCGCCGAGGCCAAGGAACUCAAGGCCACUUGGGGAUUUGGUGGCUUCCCUGUGACUGAAAACGGUACUCUUCGAUCAAAAAUCAUUGGCAUUGUCACCAGCCGUGACAUCCAAUUCCAUGACUCCGAUGCAGACCCUGUCACCAAAGUUAUGUCCACUGAUCUCGUGACCGCCCCCGCUGGCACCACCUUGGCUGAAGCCAACGAAGUGUUGCGUAACUCAAAGAAGGGCAAGCUUCCCAUCGUUGACAAGGAAGGCAACCUUGUCUCGUUGCUUUCUCGCUCAGAUUUGCAAAAGAACCUUCACUACCCCCUUGCGUCCAAGCUUCCUCACUCUAAACAGCUCAUUUGUGCUGCUGCUAUCGGUACCCGUGAUGCCGACAAGGAGCGAUUGAAGCUCCUUGUUGAAGCUGGUCUUGACAUUGCCAACGUCGACAGCAGCCAAGGAAAUAGCUUGUACCAGAUUGAAAUGAUUAAGUAUAUCAAGAAGACAUACCCUCAACUUGAUGUCCUUGCCGGUAACGUGGUUACACGAGAGCAAGCCGCGGCUUUGAUUGCCGCCGGUGCCGAUGGCCUGAGAAUUGGCAUGGGCAGCGGUAGUGCAUGCAUCACCCAAGAGGUUAUGGCUGUCGGCCGUCCGCAAGCCGUGGCUGUCCACAGCGUUGCCUCAUUCGCCGCCCGCUUUGGUGUUCCCUGCGUUGCCGACGGUGGUAUCCAGAAUGUUGGCCACAUUGUCAAGGGUCUUGCCAUGGGUGCUUCUGCCGUGAUGAUGGGCGGUCUACUUGCUGGUACUACCGAGUCUCCUGGAGAAUACUUUGUCAGCAGUGAGGGUCAGGUCGUCAAGGCCUACCGCGGUAUGGGUAGCAUUGACGCUAUGGAAGACACCAAAGCCGGAAAGGGUGGCAAGGAUAGCAAAGCCAGCAACGCUGGUACUGCUAGAUACUUCUCGGAGAAAGACCGAGUCCUUGUUGCUCAGGGUGUGUCCGGAUCUGUCCUGGACCGUGGUUCCGUGACCAAGUUCAUCCCAUACCUUAUUGCUGGUAUUCAGCACUCGCUGCAGGACAUUGGAGUGAAGAGCAUCCAGGAACUUCACGAGGGCGUGAAUAAUAAGACUGUUCGCUUCGAGGUACGCAGUGGCAGUGCUCAGGCCGAGGGUAACGUCCACGGUCUACACAGCUAUGACAAGAAGCUCUACUCUUAA